GUUAAUGAUGUUUGUUUGAGCCUCUUGCUGAGUUUUAAGGUGAAACUGCGAUUUUGGCGGGGACGAAUGUUUUAGAGGGUCGGCCUUCUGAAGAGUUCGUCGACCCGAAACGGUUCAGAGCGCUCAAUGCCUCACAUCGGCUUUCACAUCACACAAGUGAACUGAAAGCACCAGUGUGGACGUUAAUAAACCACAACUCCUUAACACCCUCUUUCCACAGACUUGAGCAGACGCGCAUCAUGUCGAUGGGCCUGCAGAUUUGCGGCCUGGUUGCGGGCGUGCUUUCGUGGUGUCUUCAGUCCAGCUGCACAUCGUCGCAGCUAUGGAAGGUUCGGAGUCAGGCGGAGUCUUUGAGUAGCAGCCAGUGGCAGUUUGAGGGCCUCUGGAUGAGCUGUGCGGCCACCUCGCUGGGAACGCUGCAGUGUCACAAGUUCAAGACGCUCCUCGGCCUGCCAGUGCAUGUGCAGGUGUGUCGUGCUCUGAUGAUGUCAUCUCUGGUGGUGGGCCUGGCCGCAAUCAUCGUGUCCAUUUUGGGUCUGAAGUGCAGUAAAGUGGGAGGAGGCUCCGAGCAAGUUAAAAGACAAUUUCUCCUGAGUGGAGGCGUCAUGCUCAUCCUGUCAGGAGUGUCCACUCUUAUCGCGGUGUCUUGGUAUGCUGGCAGAGUCAUCCAUGAUUUCUACAAUCCUCUAUACAAUGGAGUCAGGUUCGAGCUGGGCACUGGUCUGUAUCUGGGCUGGGCAGCUUCCGGUCUGGCGCUCCUGGGAGGUGCAAUGUUGUGUUGCUCCGGCAGAGGGAGCGCUUCCCCCUCAUCCUUCCCACCUGCACGACAUUUUUCAUACAACUACUCCAAAAGCGGUCAAGGUCAUAACAUGAACAUCUACAGAGCAGCACAAGCUUCAGAAGGCUCCAGCAGCACCAAAGCUUAUGUGUGAGCCGGUCGCUGGCGCAUCAUCACAUUUCCACCUGGAAUCAUCACCAUUGCAUGUUUUUGUCACCAUUUUACUAUCUGAGUUCUGUUUCACGUUAAGUCAUGAUAUAGGAAGGGAUCACGCACCUUUUUGGGUGAAAAUAAAAAUGAUGACUAACAACUAUUGAAUUUUAUCCUAAUUUGUUGAGUAUUAAAGA